CUUUUCCAAAAGAGCUUUUGGAACUCUGUGCAUCUAGUCAAAGGCUAAGUCAAGUAAAAUCUGAACUAGUCUCCCUCUCCCCCUCUCUUUUCUGUUUUUCAUUAGAUCCUCCUUAAUUCUGAAUUACUCUCUCUCUCGCUUUUGUUGUAUCCUCCUUAAUUUUGAACCAGUCUCUCUUUCUCUCUAUUCACAAUUAAUCUCUCUGCAACUACUACUCCUGGAUCUGAAAACUAGAGGUUAUGGAUAUAUGUGGUUCUUCUUCUUAUUCGUCGUCAUCCGCUGCCGCCACUGCUGAAGAUACAAAAAAGCGGCAGACACUCAUUAGUCCCACAAAGAGGCGACACUCAUUUUGGGUGCAGAAGAUUUGGUUUCUUGUCAAAUUGGUAACUUGUCAGAGAGGUUCUGAAAAGCUUCAUUGCAAUAGAUUGAAAGAGAAAGCGCAGAUGGAAAUAGAAAAGAAGGAAGAGAACAUAACAAAGAGGAAUCGAUCAGGUGACGAUGAUGAUACUGAUUGUGAGGGGAGCAAAGCAAGGAGACGAGAGGUUAUGGAUAUCGCGUCUUCUUCUUCAUCCGCUGCUGCUCCUGUUGAUGCUGAUGAUACAAAAAAGUACGAUGUGUUUAUUAGUUUCAGAGGUGAGGACACCCGCCGUGGUAUUACCAGCCACCUUCACGCUGCCUUACUUGAGAAAAAAAUCACAACCUAUAUUGAUGACAAGCUUAAGAGAGGAGAUGAAAUCGCACCUGCCCUUCUCCAAGCAAUCGAGGAAUCACAGCUUUCGGUGAUCAUUUUCUCGAAGGACUAUGCUUCUUCCACUUGGUGUUUGGAUGAGCUUGUGCAUAUACUCGAAUGCAAGGAAAAACAUGGCCAGAUGGUUAUACCUGUAUUCUACGACAUCAAUCCAUCUGAUGUACGAAAACAACACGGGAGUUAUGCGGGUGCAUUUGCUCAACUUGAAAAACGUUUCAAGGACGGUAUUGAUAAGGUGCACAAGUGGAGCAAUGCUUUGAAGAAUGCAGCAGAUAUAUCUGGGUUUGUUUCACAAAAUUAUGGGACUGAUGCCGACUUAGUUAAGGAAGUUGUAAAGGAUAUUUGGACCAAAUUGUGUCGCGAAUCAUCCUGUGAUUUAAAGGACUAUGUUGGAAUUGAAGGCCGCAUCAAGAAGAUCGAAUCGCUAUUAAGCAUUCAUUCACCGGACGCUUGCAUCACUGUAGGUAUUUGGGGCAUGGGUGGUAUUGGCAAGACCACCCUUGCUGAAGCUGUAUUUCACAGACUCUCUUCUAAAUUCGAAGCUUCUUGUUUUCUUAAAAAUGUUAGGGAGAAAUCUGAACAACCAGAUGGACUAGAUUGCCUGCAAAAGAAACUUCUAAGCGAGAUAUUCAAGGAAGAAGAUCUAUCCAUAGGAUCAACUAGUGUUCGAAAAAGGCUCAGCCGCACAAAGGUCCUCAUUGUUCUUGAUGAUGUGAAUACUCCAAUGCAAAUGGAACGUGUAGUUGGCAAUCGUCUUCGGUAUGGCACUGGAAGUAGAAUCAUUAUCACAAGUAGAGACAGGGGCACACUUACGGCAACUGUUGAAGCGGAUAAUAUCUACGAGGUUGAGGUAUUAAAACCGGAUGACGCUCUUCAGCUCUUCUGUUCGCGUGCUUUCAAGAAUAACAGUACUUGUAUAACAGAUUAUAAGGAGUUGGCAGAAAAGGCUGUGCAUUAUGCCAGAGGCGUUCCUUUAGCUCUUACAGUUCUAGGGUCAUUGUUCUUCAAUUGUCAGAGCAACAAAGAAGACUGGGAAGAUGAAUUCAACAGACUAAAACGAUUUCCCAGUGAAGAUAUCCAGAAAGUGUUGAGAAUAAGUUAUGAUAGAUUGGAAGAGAAUGAGAAAGAGAUAUUUCUGGAUAUAGCUUGUUGGCAUAAAGGGGAUCUUGUGGAUGAGGUAAAACGAAUGUUAGAUGUUCGUGGAUUUGUUGCGACACCCGGAAUUAGACGUCUCAUUGAUAUGUCUCUCAUAUCAAUUGAUUCAAAUUGGGGAAGGGAAACCAUAGAGAUGCACGAUUUGCUACAAGAAAUGGGAAGGACAAUUGUACUUAAAGAUCCCGGUAAACGGAGUAGGUUGUUCAAUGAUGAGGAUGUCUAUUGUGUAUUGAGGAGUAACACGGAAACUCCAAAUGUUGAAGCCAUACGGGUUCAUUGGUCUUACAUUGCAAAGCGACCAUUGAAACGUGCAGACUUCAAAGUGAUGUGUAACCUAAGAUUGCUAAUUGUGUAUGGUGGCCACAAAUUGAACGCUUCCCUAGACCUUCCCGAUUCUCUUCGUUAUCUUUACUGUGAUUGGUAUCCAUUGGAAUCUUUGCCAUCAAAUUUUUGUCCGGAAAAUCUAGUUGAGCUACAUUUGCCCUAUAGCAAUGUUAAGAAGAAGCUUUGGAGAGAAGACCAGAUACUUGUCAACUUACAAGUUAUUGAUCUGCGUCACUCCAUAAAUCUAAUUGAAGUUCCAAAUCUCUCUGGGAGUCUAAAAAUUGUGCACAUAAAUCUCAAUGGCUGUUUUAGUUUGGUUGAAAUUCCUGGGUGUUUUCAACAUCUUGACAAGCUUACUCAUCUUCAUCUUCAAGACUGUACCAGCCUCAAGUAUCUUCCAGAGAUGCCAGGAAAUAUUCAACACUUAAAUUUACGAGGCGCUGGUAUAAAGGAGUUGCCUGAAUCAGUUUGGUCUAACAAAAAUAUUUCUUACUUAAAUAUAGGUCGUUGCGAAGACCUUGAGAAACUUCCAAGCAACAACUGUGAGCUGAAAGUCUCUAAUGUUUUGGGUAUUGAGAGCUGCACAUCUCUUGGUGAGUUUUCUGAGCUUCCCAGGGAUAUAACUAAAUUAUCAUUGGUUGAUUUCAAGAGACUUGUGAGUCUACCAACCCACAUUUGUAAGUUGAAAUAUCUGGAGGAACUCAAUCUAUCUGGCUGCUCUAAACUUGAAAACUUCCCAGAGAUCUUGGAGCCAAUGGAACAUUUGGUGUCUCUUUGUUUGAAAGAGACAGCUGUCAAAAUGCUUCCUUCGCCUAUUGAAAAUCUAAUUAGGCUUCAAACUUUAGACCUUAGUGGCUGCAAGCACCUUAAGGAUGUCCCUGAUGGUCUCGUUUGCUCAACCUCAUUGCAAGAAUUAAAUCUGAGUGGAACCAAGGUUAGGAGCAUACCUACAAGCAUCAAACAAGCUUCUCGGUUGUCUAAACUCUUCUUAGUCGGCUGCGAGCAGCUUCAAUCUUUACCAGAGCUCCCAGUGCUAUGUAAUGUUGAAGCUGAAGGCUGCACGUCGCUGAAGACAGUGUCAAGUACAAGGACAGUACUCACACAAGGUUGGGUUCAACAUGAUUGCUUUUGCAAACGUUUUAUUAAUUGCCCAAAAUUGGAUAAUAAUGCAAGGAGCAACAUAAUGGAAGAAGCACAGAUUAGAAUUAUGCGAGAGGCAACUAGUGCUCCAUCAAAGGACACUCCUUGGCCUGAGAUUCAGGUUGUAUGUCAGGGAAAAGAAAUUCCAAAUUGGUUCAGCUAUCAAAGUGAGGGAUCUUCAGUAAACAUCAAGCUUCGUCCAGAUUGGUUUCAAACAGGUUUAUUUGGUUUCGCUCUGUCUGCUGUUGUUUCUGGGGUUCCAGAGCCGCAACGUUCCUUGAUUGUAAGAGCUAAUUUCAUUGUCAAAUUCAUGUGUGAAAGCCAUGAACUGUUCACUUCUGUAUUCUCUAUCCCACAAGACAGCCGCCAGAAUGACUACGGUUACGACCAAUAUCACGUGCUUGUGUGGAAUGAGGCCUUUAGUAGUGAAAGGGUAGCAGAAAAAUGCUCCCCUAAUGUUUACAAACUUGUCAAUGAGGUCUCUGUUGACUUCUACCCUGUUGACUCCUACCAGCGGGCUUUUUUCGUCCUCAGAUCGGGGUCUUCCCGUAGGAUAAAUAAUCCAGCGGGCAGCUUGCCGCCACCACCACCGCCUUCCCUUGGGAUAAAUAUUCCAGCGGGCAGCUUGCCACGACGGGCUAUGUUUGGGAAAAAUAAUCCAGCGGGCAGCUUGCCACGACGGGCUAUGUUUGGGAAAAAUAAUCCAGCGGGCAGCUUGCCACCUUCCAAAUCCAUGAAGGUGGAAAGCUGUGGUAUACGCCCAUUGUAUGCCGAAGAUGUUGAGAAAUUCAAAUUUGAUCAUGUCUUCAUGUCGACGGAACCAAAAGUAGAAGAAGAAACAAGACAAGAUGACAAUUCCAAAGGUGGUCGAUCAAGAGAUGAGCCUGAAGCAUGUGGAUCAAGUGAAGAGUCUGAAGGGUUCGAAGUCAUUGGAACUGAAUAAGAUUCGGACUUUUUAAUCCAACAAUCCUAAGCAUCUUUAUCCAAUAGAAUUAGGAAAUACUUUAGGGGAAAUUUGUACUGUGAGAGCUCACUUGUCUGUUCAAGAAAUAAGACAACAAAUAGGCAAGACUUGUUAUUUUAGUAAUUUUUAUACUUUAUACGUUAUAAAACGCAAGUUAUUGACAAGUGUGUAAUAUCCUAUUUGUUAUCUUUAAAACUUGAUUUACAAGUCCA